GUCAUCACUACACUCAGAGCUUGAGGCCAGUGCCAUUCCCACUCCCCCUAUUCUGCAGCAGACAACCCCAGCUCCUCGAAUCCUCCUGCCCUCCCCCCUUCUAACACUCUUUCCUUGAGGAGUAAUAACUAUAGCUUUGGGGAUAAUAUAGCUUUAAGACAACUUUUGGCAGAUGUGAAUGUCCCAACAUCUGGGCAGUGUUACCAGAAUCCCGGAGGCCCUGACAGACCAGGAGCCACUGGUUCUAGGAAUGUUAAAGUAGAAGGGUUUUUUUUCCCCCGACUGAUGAGAGGAGCAGAGAGCGAGGAGAAAGGAGAGAAGGAGACCGCAAAAAAUAAAAUAAAAAUCAGAUGCAUGUUCCUGCUCUCGUCUCAGCUUCCAGCAGAAGGAUGGCUCCCUCCGAUUCCAUAUAUCUGCUGCUUCUCACUUUGGGGAGUUCAUAGCUGGCACAGUUCUGAAAGUCAUUUUCCCUUACUCUGAUACUUCUGGCCACAUUGCCCUAUUCUUGUCUCCCGAAGCUUCCCUGUUAAGGAUGGCUGGUCAACUGACUCAAAGAGUUGCUCUCUCCCUGCUGCUCUUCCUAACACCAGCAGUGCUAUCAACAUGGUAUGCAGGCUCAGGCCAGUAUCCAGACGAAAGCUACAAUGAAGUGUAUGCAGAAGAGGUCCCCGCUGCCCGCACUCUGGACUACAGAGUCCCCCGAUGGUGUUAUACAAUGAAUAUCCAGGAUGGAGAAGCCACAUGCUACUCACCAAGGGGAGGAAAUUAUCACAGCAGCCUAGGCACACGUUGUGAGCUCUCCUGUGACCGGGGCUUUCGACUGAUUGGACGGAGGUCUGUGCAAUGCUUGCCAAGCCGGCGUUGGUCUGGAACUGCCUACUGCAGGCAGAUGAGAUGCCAUGCACUGCCAUUCAUCACUAGCGGCACCUACACCUGCACAAACGGGGUGCUGCUUGAUUCCCGCUGUGACUACAGCUGUUCCAGUGGCUACCACCUAGAAGGUGAUCGCAGCCGCAUCUGCAUGGAAGAUGGACGAUGGAGUGGAGGAGAGCCUGUAUGUGUAGACAUAGAUCCACCCAAGAUCCGUUGUCCUCAUUCCCGUGAGAAGAUGGCAGAGCCAGAGAAAUUAACUGCUCGGGUAUACUGGGACCCACCCUUGGUGAAAGAUUCUGCUGAUGGUACCAUCACCAGGGUGACACUUCGGGGCCCAGAGCCUGGUUCUCACUUCCCUGAAGGAGAGCAUGUGAUUCGUUACACUGCCUAUGACCGAGCCUACAAUCGGGCCAGCUGCAAGUUCAUUGUGAAAGUACAAGUGAGACGCUGUCCAGUUCUGAAACCACCCCAGCACGGCUACCUCACCUGCACCUCCGCAGGGGACAACUAUGGUGCCACCUGUGAAUACCACUGUGACGGUGGUUAUGAACGCCAGGGCACCCCAUCCCGAGUCUGCCAAUCAAGUCGACAGUGGUCAGGAUCACCACCUCUCUGUACUCCUAUGAAGAUUAAUGUCAAUGUCAACUCAGCUGCUGGCCUCCUGGAUCAGUUCUUUGAGAAACAGCGACUCCUCAUAGUCUCAGCUCCUGAUCCCUCCAAUCGAUACUACAAAAUGCAGAUCUCCAUGCUGCAGCAAUCCACCUGUGGACUAGACCUGCGGCAUGUGACUAUCAUCGAGCUGGUGGGGCAGCCACCUCAGGAGGUGGGGCGCAUCCGGGAGCAACAACUAUCAGCCAGCAUCAUUGAGGAGCUCAGGCAAUUCCAGCGCCUCACUCGUUCCUACUUCAACAUGGUGUUAAUUGACAAGCAGGGUAUUGACCGGGAACGCUACAUGGAACCGGUCACCCCUGAGGAAAUCUUCACCUUCAUCGAUGACUACCUGCUGAGCAACCAGGAGCUGGCACAGCGAAGAGAGCAAAGGGAUGUGUGCGAGUGACCCUGAGCCAGCCUGUGGCUGAGGUCAAGUGCGCAACUGUCCUAGGACACUGGACUAAAAAAAAUGUUGCUUGAACCAUUGCUUCAUCAAGAGUUAGAAAAACAUUUUCUCCAGAGUUUGGGAAGCACCACCCAACAAUAGCAGGAUGUUCCCUCCUCGCUACUCCAAUUAAUUUGUGGGCAAGAACGUCCGCCUCCUGAGGUCUUUAGUGCCCCGGAUGGUGGCCCUUCGCCAGAGGAUCCCCCAGCCUGUGAACUAGAUUACCUCUAGGAACUGGGGGGAUGACUCAGCUGGUAAAAGGCUUGCCAUGUAAGCAUUUGCACCUGAGUUUGGCCCCCAGAAGCCAUGUUCCAUAGCUAGAUGUGGUGUAAAAUAGCUAGUUGUGGUGGUGUGCACUUGGAAUCCCAGGGCAGAGGUAGAGAUACACAGAUCUGUGGGGAUCCUGGUUAGGAAGCCUAGCCUAGUGGUGAGUACCAGGCCAAGCAAGAAACACUAUCUCAAGAGACAUGGUAAAGGGCCUGAGGAACACAACCCAAGACUGGCAUUGAUCUCCACUAUCUCCAUACACAGGCACAUACAUGUGUACGCACAUGUACACACAUA